AAUUACACAGGUUGUUCGGAACAGGUUUGGGAUAUUAGGUGAAAAAAUUGAGCUAAUCAUUCCCAUCUUCAAUCCGGACGUGCUUGAAGGUUAAAUAUGCCCAUUUUUACGACGCAACAAUCACCAUAUGAAAUAAUACCGUUUCAACCAUUCAUGUCCACAGCUGUUUCUGUCUCCUUCGAUGAAACGGAGCAGUGUCUCGAAGAUCGGGAGGUCUUUUUAGCUGAGGAAUCAGCAGAGGAUGUUGACCGGUAUCAGAGAUCCAACGGUACUCCGACACCUCAAUCUCCCAGGCCUCCUUCCACAGGUUCUCAGAAGUCACCUAGAUCUCGGAGACAGCGUACUACAAGCAUGACUCAAUCCAGUAAAAAGACAUCAGCUGAAUCUAUUUUACGGAGCAAAACAAGGACCAUAUACACUGCCGGGAGACCUCCAUGGUACAAUUCUGCUGGCCAGCAAGUCGAACCAUUUGUUAUAGGAAUAUGUGGGGGCAGUGCUUCUGGGAAAACUACGGUGGCGGCAAAAAUAAUAGAAUCACUUGAUGUUCCCUGGGUGACUCUUUUGAGCAUGGAUUCCUUUUACAAGGUUCUUAAUGAAAAGCAGCAUGCAAUGGCGGCCCAAAAUGAAUACAAUUUUGAUCAUCCAGAUGCGUUCGAUUUUGAGCUACUUGCAGCAACGCUGCAGCGUCUCAAAGAAGGAAGAAAGGUGGAAGUACCAAUCUACAACUUUGUCACGCAUAGCCGCGAAAAUCGAACUAAAACUAUGUACGGUGCAAAUGUAAUAAUAUUUGAGGGAAUACUCACCUUCUACAAUUCAGACGUGUUAAAGAUGUGCGAUAUGAAGGUGUUCGUUGAAACGGAUGCAGAUGUUAGACUUGCACGGAGGCUGAGAAGAGAUAUAUCGCAAAGAGGCAGAGAUCUGGAAGGAGUCUUAAAACAAUACUGCACAAUGGUCAAACCUUCCUUCUAUUACUACAUUGCCCCAAGUAUGGUCCAUGCAGACAUUAUCGUGCCACGGGGAGGUGAUAAUGAAGUGGCAAUCGAGCUGAUAGUACAACAUGUACACACCCAAUUGCAAUUGAGGGGAUUCAAGUUACGUGAAAAAUUAGCUCAUUCGUACAUCGGCCAACCUUUGCCAACGUCGUUAUAUUUGUUGCCAGAUACACCACAAAUAAAGGGUCUACACACAUUUAUUCGCAACAAGUCUACGUUCAGGGAUGAAUUUAUUUUUUAUUCAAAACGUCUCAUACGACUAGUCAUUGAAUAUGCCCUGUCGCUGCUGCCGUUUAAGGAGAUCACAGUUGAAACACCUCAAGGUGUGUUGUAUCAAGGAAAACGAGGAGCAACCGACAAAAUUUGUGGUGUAUCAAUACUUAGAGCAGGAGAGACUAUGGAGCAGGCUGUGUGCGACGUGUGUAAAGAUAUACGAAUAGGAAAAAUCCUCAUUCAAACGAAUUUGCAAACUGGCGAGCCAGAGCUGUACUAUUUGAGGCUUCCAAAGGAUAUAAAGGAUUAUAAAGUUAUAUUGAUGGACGCAACAGUUGCCACUGGAGCAGCAGCAAUGAUGGCAAUCAGAGUUUUGCUGGACCAUGACGUUGCAGAGGACAAUAUUUUAUUGGUUUCGCUUCUCAUGGCAGAAUCUGGUGUUCACUCUAUCGCUUAUGCCUUCCCCCAGGUCAAAAUAGUAACAUCUGCCUUAGAUCCUGAAAUUAAUGAAAAGUUCUACGUACUACCAGGAAUUGGAAAUUUUGGAGAUCGUUAUUUUGGCACGGAACCCUCUGUCGAAGAGUAACAUAUGGUAAUCGUGGGAUAUUUCGUACGUACUCGUAACAUCUAUAAAAUAUUAUUCGUUAUAUCUUACAAUUACUCAUAAUUUUACACAGUGCCAAAAAGUUUUGAUCGAAAUGAUUCAUUGAAGUGCCUCUAUUGGCCUUCGUUGGUUUUUUUAGUUUCAAUUUGAGUGAUUAGAUAGGCAAUAAAUUACGCUAGCGCAUUCUCUGUAUUUUCCGAAAUAAAUAUAUUUCACUUUUA